GAGGAAGGGUUUUGCUUUUUGUGCUCUGUAUUGGGAAGGCAGAUAAAAUGCCAGGUCUGGACUGCCUCUGGGGAUAACCUCACCCUGUGUGAUGUGAAUGAAUAGCAUCUUGCCUGGUAAAUCCACAGGAAUUGAUAAGAUAGGCUCAAUUCUUCCAGACAGGCCUUUUCUCUUAGCUGUAGCUGUGGUUUCUGCAGCAGUUUUGUUUUUGCCUUAAAAGAGGUGCUCUGGAUUAUCAGACCUCCAUGUAUGACAAUUUGUACCUGCAUGGAAUUGAAGACUCGGAGGCUGAAGAAUAAUGUGAUGUGUUACCCAAGAUGGUGUGAACAGAGCUUCAAGCCAAUGGAGAAGACUAGGCCUAAAUAGCUGACCUGGUGAAGUGACAAAUAAAGCCACACCUGGAGUGCCACAUCCUCAGCAGCCUUUCUCAGUGCCAAUGCAUUUAUGGCUGGUUCAGCAGAUUCCUACACAAGCAGGCCAUCUGACUCUGAUGUCUCUUUGGAAGAGGACCGGGAAGCAAUUCGGCAAGAGAGAGAACAGCAAGCAGCUAUCCAGCUCGAGAGAGCAAAGUCUAAACCUGUAGCAUUUGCUGUGAAGACAAAUGUGAGCUACUGUGGCGCCCUAGAUGAGGAUGUGCCUGUUCCAAGCACCGCCAUCUCCUUUGAUGCCAAGGACUUUCUACACAUUAAAGAGAAAUAUAAUAAUGACUGGUGGAUAGGAAGGCUCGUGAAAGAGGGCUGUGAGAUUGGUUUCAUCCCAAGUCCACUCAGAUUGGAGAAUAUAAGGAUUCAGCAGGAACAGAAAAGAGGACGUUUUCAUGGAGGGAAAUCGAGUGGAAAUUCUUCUUCAAGUCUUGGAGAAAUGGUAUCAGGGACAUUUCGAGCAACCCCCACAUCAACAGCAAAACAGAAGCAAAAAGUGACGGAGCACAUUCCUCCUUAUGAUGUUGUGCCAUCAAUGCGUCCAGUGGUGUUAGUGGGGCCGUCACUCAAAGGUUACGAGGUAACAGACAUGAUGCAGAAAGCCCUCUUUGAUUUCCUGAAGCACAGGUUUGAUGGGAGGAUAUCAAUAACGAGAGUGACAGCUGACAUUUCUCUUGCUAAGAGGUCUGUCCUAAAUAAUCCCAGCAAGAGAGCAAUAAUUGAACGUUCGAACACCCGGUCCAGCUUAGCGGAAGUACAAAGUGAAAUUGAAAGAAUCUUUGAGUUGGCAAGAUCUUUGCAACUAGUUGUUCUUGAUGCAGACACCAUCAAUCACCCAGCACAGCUUAUAAAAACUUCCUUAGCACCAAUUAUUGUUCAUGUAAAAGUCUCAUCUCCAAAGGUUUUACAGCGGUUGAUUAAAUCUAGAGGAAAGUCCCAAAGUAAACACUUGAAUGUACAGUUGGUGGCAGCUGAUAAACUUGCACAGUGUCCUCCUGAAAUGUUUGAUGUUAUCCUGGACGAGAAUCAGCUUGAGGAUGCGUGUGAACAUCUGGGAGAGUACCUUGAGGCAUACUGGCGUGCCACGCACACCACCAGCAGCACCCCCAUGACCCCACUGCUGGGGAGGAACCUGGGCUCCACAGCACUCUCACCAUAUCCCACUGCAAUUUCUGGGUUACAGAGUCAGCGAAUGAGACACAACAACCACUCCACAGAGAACUCUCCAAUUGAAAGUCGAAGUCUAAUGACCUCUGAUGAAAAUUAUCACAAUGAGAGGGCUCGGAAGAGUAGGAACCGCUUGUCUUCAAGUUCCCAGCAUAGCCGAGAUCAUUAUCCUCUUGUGGAAGAAGAAUACCCUGACUCAUACCAGGACACUUACAAACCCCAUAGGAACAGAGGCUCACCUGGGGGAUACAGCCAUGACUCCCGACAUAGGCUUUGAGGCUGCCAAAACAAAAAAUUAAAAAUAUUCACCUGUUGACUAUUUGCUAUAGCAUUGCUAGGAUAAACCAUUCAUUUAAACUUGGCAAGCAUGGCACAGUAUUUACUGUGCUUGUGGGCUGCUGUCAUUUGAUGCUAAGUAGGGCAAAAAAAAUGUACAUUAUGCCCUUGAAUCUAGAUGGAUAUUAGAUGCCCAAUCAUAAAGAUAUUUUUCAGUGCAACAUUUACAUGAUAACAGUACCUUUUGUUUGCUUCAUAGAUCUAGACACAUCAAUUUGUAAUCUAGGGUACUUAUUGAGGCACAUAUAAAAUAAUUUCCCAUGCUGGAAAUUCUAAAUGACCAGUUCCAGUUGGAACCAAUUUAUAAACCAAUUCCUGUUGGAAUUUGGGUGAAUUGACUAGAAAGUCUACUUGAGCAUGGUGCAAUCAAUUGAAAAAUUGGAAAAAAAAAUUAAUUAAUAAGAAAAUCAAAAUAUAAAUAGAAGCCAAAACCAAGUA